AAGGUCACCUUAGCAAACAGAAGGCUGGGAGCAGUCGCACGGAACGGAAGAAAGAACGGCUGGUAAACCGUCCAAAUAAAUUUGGUGUUUGCUUCAUUCUCUUUCUUUGCUUUGUAUCUUUCUUAAAGCAAUCAUGAGAAUAAUGGCAACGUUGAGAAAUAAACUGUUAAACACAGUUAUGGACCCUGUUCCUACGAGUACGCACAAAGUCACCGUGGUCGGUGUAGGUAACGUCGGUAUGGCUUGUACCAUCAGUCUUUUGGCAAAAAAUAUUUCGAGCGAUUUGGCGCUGGUCGAUAUGGUGGAAGACAAACUGAAGGGAGAGAUGUUGGAUCUACAGCACGGUAGUGCGUUCUUGAGGAACGCGAAAAUCAACGCGAGCACGGAUUAUUCCAUAACGGCGAAUUCGAGCGUGUGCAUAGUGACCGCCGGCGCUCGUCAAAAGGAAGGCGAGACGAGGCUCGAUCUUGUUCAAAGAAAUACGGAUAUCUUCAAAAAGAUUAUUCCCGAGUUGGUGAAAUACAGCCCGAACACGAUCCUUCUCAUCGUCUCGAAUCCGGUCGACAUUCUCACCUACGUUGCGUGGAAACUUUCCGGUCUUCCAAAAAAUCAAGUGAUCGGAAGUGGCACCAAUCUGGACUCGGCCCGAUUCCGCUUCCUCUUGUCGGAGAAAUUGAAAGUCGCCCCUACAUCGUGCCACGGUUGGAUGAUCGGGGAGCACGGAGACACGUGUGUGCCGGUAUGGUCGGGAGUGAACAUCGCUGGAGUGAGAUUGCGCGAUCUGGACGAAACUGUUGGCACGGAAGAUGACAAGGAAAAUUGGAACGAGAUAUAUAAAAAGGUCAUUGGAUCCGCUUACGAAGUUAUCAAGCUAAAGGGUUACACAUCGUGGGCCAUUGGCCUGAGCGCUGCCCAAAUCGUCUCCUCCAUAUUGCGAAACUCGCAACAAGUUCACGCCGUAGCCACUCUGGUUACCGGUAUACAUGGAAUCAAAGAUGACGUGUUCCUGUCUUUGCCCUGUUCGUUGGGUGAAAACGGUGUCAACACCAUUAUCCAACAAAGCUUAACGGAGGAGGAGACGUACCUUUUGCAAAAAUCGGCUCAGACGAUAUACGAAGUCCAAAAAGAUUUGAAAUUAUAAGUAAUUCGCGUCUCGUGUAUUUUAUGCGUGAAUAACAUGUUCUCACUAAAUGGAAUCCGUUCAUCGUUCGUUGAUUCAAUUUUGCGCGUGUUUAUACGUACGAACUAUUGUUUUUUAAAAACACCUUUUGUCUCUACAUUACAUUCACUACUUGUUUUAACUUAUUUGCAAGUUAACGAGUAGAUUUUUUUUAAAAUUUAUUUAUAAACUGCGUGAUCGAUAUUUAAAAAUGUUGUAUUAAAAAGAAUAUUUAAAUUUUAUAAUAAUAAUAAUAUUAAAUAUUUUCUAUAAUACACACAUACAAACACACACAUACACACACCACACAAAUACACGUACACAUUAUAUAUAUAUAUAGAACAAAAAAUUCAUUUUGAGUGUUAUAUUGUUAUUGCAAUAAUAAGCAUGAUUUUUUAUAUAUAUAAAAAAAUGUGUAAGUUCCUUGAUCAUAAAGUAUUACCAUAUAUCGCUGAAUAUUCUACAUUAUUUUACAUUACUCGUGAAAAAAUUCUAUCGAAUCUACUUAAUUUAAUUCUAUACAUGAUUAUAUUUUAUAUAUAUUAUAUAUGUUAUAUGACGUAAUAGUUACACUAUGUAUGUAGUAUAUAUGAUUUGACGUUAGAUAAGGUAUAUUUAAUCGAUAUAAAUCGAAAUACAAGCAUGUACGUAAACGAUUAUCAAUCACGAUACAUAUAGAAGAAGAAUUUGUAAGAAAAAUUUAAAUUCAUUCGUAACAUCAACGUUCGUCGCAAUUUGUCGAGAAUAUCGAGCGAAUUUCGUCAACUACCUCGCAAAAUACCACAAACUGUCUUGUGUAUUUAUAUCAAUGUUUCAAUAAAUUAAUAAUACUAUUCAAAA